GCGCUAGUGCAUCUUUAAGUUGCGUGUCAAACGCCGUCAAGGAAGAAUGACGUCACAGGAACAUGGCGGUUAUGGCUGUCAACAUGUAAUCACAGGACCAACUUUUCGCAGACGUCGCUGUACGGUGGGUUCAAUGAUUUGAAGAUACAGCAUGGACGGCACGUAUCACCACGACCUGUCAGAAGCUCAGCAGCCCCCUGGCUUCAGCGGCGGCUACAUGCCGACACCCUACCCCGCUAACAGACCGAGCGAACAGACACAGCUGGAACACACUGCUCUACCGUGGACACCUUCACCGGCGUUUGGCGGUCAGUCCUACGGAACUGUGCGCAAUUUUCCCGCACCACCUCAACCAGGAGCGGGUUUCGGAGGGCCUAUUUUUGACCCUCCGUACGAGUUUGACCCUUCCACCCCCCCUCCGGCUUUCGGCUUCCCGUUCCCCCAACACUUUUCUGGCAGGGUCCUCCCCCCUCCGGUAAACGCAUACGGUAGCCCUAGAGUCUCAACGUUACAGGAUUUCUCUCAGUGCAGAGCCGGACCUCCGCCUUCCUUUUCUGACUGUAACCAGAAACGAUAUGAGGACCGCAGUGAGGCAGGAGUCCACCUCAGCGGCCCCCUUGGUCCUCCCCCGCGACAGGACUGUGACGGCAGUCCGGGAGCAACAGUAGCACAGCUGGAGGGUGACAGCAACCCGCAGAGGAGACAAGACAUUCAGUGGCUCCGGCGGUUCUUACCGAGCAGGAGGAAACCCCCCAGAAGCCCCCAGAUCCAGCAGCCGCACCUCAGCUCUGUCCCCGUCCUCAGAGCGACUCUGUACAGGGCGGUUCAGUUGGUCUCACAGCUGGAAAAGUCUUGUCUCUCUCUGAAACAAAAUCUGCACAACGACGGUGUGUGGAGCGUCUCCUAUGAAACGGCUUUACAUGUGAGGAGGGAGCUGCAGGACAACAUGAAGCUCCUCAGUGACGCCGUGUGGUUAGAUCGUCUGAAAGUGAAGUUGUCCCGUAUUGUCCGGAGAAGGACCCGGCAAAUGAGAGCCAGGAGAGAACUUCAGAUGGAGCAGAAACAUGCAGAGGAACUUAGCUCUGACAAAGAUGCUGCCAUAGAUGUAUGGAGGAUGAAGAAGAUCCGGCAGGUGGAGGAGAAGAAGAAGGAGCAGGAGCUGAAACUUGCUGCAGACUCUGUACUGUGUGAGGUGAGGAAGAAGCAGGCAGAUGUGAAAAGGAUGCAGGAUGUCCUCAGAUCCCUGGAGAAGCUCCGCAAGCUCAGGAAAGAGGCAGCAUCAAGGAAAGGUGUUGUCACUGAGCAGUGUGACCAAGUGUUUAGCGACAGACUGCUGCAGCUGAGGUCUGUCAUGAAGAGGAGGACAGCAGUUUACUCAGCAGAGGAGAAAGCCCUGAUGGUGAUGCUUGAAGGAGAGCAGGAGGAGGAGAGGAGGAGAGAGCAGGGGAGACGUCUGAAGAAGGAGAAAGAAAGACAGCUGCAGAGGAAACGCAGUGUGGAGUCCAUGCUGUUUGGAGAGGAGCUUCCAGCUGGUUGUGUCCUGCAGCCGUUCACAGAGUAUUACAGCCAGGCUGAGCACUCCGAGUACGCUUUGAUACAAGUCAGGAGAGAAUGGGACAUGUUUGUGGUUGCAGCAGAUCAUCCUGAUGGUUCCUCCGUUCCUCAGAGCUGGAUCCUGCCAGACCCCCCAUCCAGCCGGGCCUGGGCCUGUGCCCUGCAGACUGCCGACACUGACCGUUCCAGCCUCUGACUUGUGUACUCUCUGUUAGCUGAAAUACACUUGCUGUAAAUAAUACACCUUUUUAUAUAAACCCAGCUCUAGAUGAACACCUUUACUGGCACUGGAAGUUUGUACACUGAACACACAGAAAGCACAUUUCUAUUUUGACUCACUGUAUGUGGAUUGCAGGUUUAAGCCUGCCAUGAGCCAGCAUUUCAUGUGGCUUUCUCCUCCCUUUUUGCUAUCUGUGUGAAGUCACAGUCUGUUUUACUUCACAAAACAAUCUCCAAGCUAUAACCUAUAAGAUGAAAAUUUCAUGCCUUGCUGAUCAGUUAGACUGUGCAGUAAGACAUUCCAAAUAGGCCAAAAUAGUCAUAUCAAUGACAGCGCUCAUCUCUCUGUUUGCAAAUGUUCCACCAAAGCAAUCCUCUGUCACUGUUCUGUAGGGGCACUGAUGUGGCAUCCUUGAUUUUUCCCAGCAUAAGAUGAUUGAUUCAUUGAAAGAAAAACAAAACACACGGCAAAGCUUUUUGUUUUCCUUUUUAGCAGAAUGUGCUGCAGAAUAGACUGGGGAUGAAGACUAGAAGAGACAAAAGAACAAGCCCUUCUCCUGCAGUGCAACAGACCUGAAGAGUUUAGCAUUUCAGUGUAAAAGCUUUGACACUGAAUUUAAAACUUAGUUUUGCUCUCCACAGGAUGUUAAGUUUGUGAUCUGAUCUGUUAAACUUGGUAUAGUUUCUAUUUAAAGGGCAGUUGCACACAACUAAUUUAAAUGGUUUCCAAGAAUAUUCAAUGACCAUCCAUCCCCUGACAUACUUUUCAGUAACUCUUUUCACAAAGUUGCUUGGAGUGUAUUUUUUGUAUCCAUGAUGCAGUUAUAGUCAGGAGUACUGAUUCACCAGUGACUCAACCUUUCAGAUACAGGUUUAUUUAUACACCUACAAUUACUUGAACACAUUUAUCACUCUAAUUAAUUCACUAAAUGCAUGACUUCCUGCUCCAUUUUAUACUUCUAAUAAAUUGGCAUGAUUUUGUAGAAAGAUUUCA